UCGCCACCUUGCACUCCAGACUGCACCCAUCAACGUUUCUCAACCAACCCCACCACCACCAAUAUAUCUUACACUAAAAUAUGUACUUUCCUUUGGAUCAUCCACCAGAAGAAAAUACUCACACAAGAUUCCUUGAAGAAGAGGGGAUGGAUCCUCCCGAGCAAGUGCGCCGUGUGUGCUGCUAGCGAGGAAGAUGCUACACACAUCUUCAUCACCUGCACCUAUGCGGAAAAAAUCUGGAAUUUGCUUCGACCGUUUGUGUGUAUUGGGACGAUCCCGACUGACAUCACAGAGACAAUACAAACAUGGCCGAGAAGGAAACCAGUGGCAUACAAGAUUAGCAACAUGAGAGCAAAAUGGCUCCUUUUGUCGAACAAAGUGGAAAGACAGGUUGCGGUAGAUUGGUUGGCAUGUGUAAAGAGAUGCCUGUGUGGAGCAGCCGAAGAAAGUAAUGGAGCUGGACAACUUUAAAGGGCAAAAGGCAAUACAGAACACAUGAAAGGAUAUCAGUAGGGUGAAGAUUCUCGGAGGAAGUUAUGGAUGUGAACGAUUUGAAUGACCUGAUUUUCCUAUACCCUAAGUGUCUCUUCUACCCAGCAGAAACUUUAAGGGCUUGAUAUGCUUGUCCUCUUUCUUCUUUAUGUUUUUCCCCGCUUGUUCUAGGUCCUUUUUGAGGAUAUUUGCCUCUUUGUGCAACAC